AUGUCUUGUUCUCCUCCUCUCCUGCCUCUGCCUCUUGCCAACACCGAGUUCCUGCGACCCCUGACUGGGGCUCAUUUUGUGCCUUUAUCUCGACAGGAGAACCUGUUGGUGAAGAUGCGCGCCCUUCUCAUGGUUCAGAUGAUGUGGACCGGCAACAGCCAUCGUGUCGCCCAAGAGUUGCCAGGCCUUCUGGCCGCUCUGCUACCCGAGACCGGACGUUUCGUCGAGUCCCACGACUGGAGCCUCGAGUCGACGGAGCCUGCGGUCCCGGGGCCAAUCGACCUGCCGGGCGACCUUCGACUGCCGCCCUUCAAGGAGCCACCAACCCUGUCCAAGGUAGGCUGGCCAACAGUUCAACUAUUAUUCCGCCCAACAGGGCGCUGGGAAGACAUGCAAGCAUAG